AUGGCCAGCCCGGAGAUCAAGCCAUUUUUCACCCGCGGCAGCCAAGGCGUGCAUGCCGAGCCUCCCGCCACCGCCGCCAUCAUCAACGCCCUCGACAUGAUCCCUCACAUCGAGGGAGGCUACUUCGCCGAGACGGACAGGGACCCUCUCAUUAUUGAUUCCCCGUUUCCUCCGACCCCGGCCUCCGAGGCCACCCUGUCGCUCGCCGGCCCAAGCCGCCCAGGCUUCGACCCAAAGGUCCGCAACGCCUCCACCACAAUCUUCUACCUCUUGACCCCGGCGUCCCCUCAGGGAAACUUCCACCGCAACCGCGCCCGGACCGUGCACACGCUGCACAAGGGCCGGGGCCGGUACGUGCUGAUCAAUGCCGCCGGAGAGGUCCAGACCUUCGUGGUCGGACAGGACGUCGCGACGGGGGAGAGGCUCCAGUGGAUCGUCGACGGUGACCACUACAAGGCCAGCUACCUCCUCCCGGACGCCGAGGGGGGCCAAAGCAGUGCCGAGGGCUUGCUCAUCUCCGAGACUGUGGUGCCAGGCUUCGAGUAUUGUGACCACGACUUCCUGCCCCGAGACGGCCUGGAGCGCUUGCUGGGACAUGAGAGGGCAAAGGGCCUGGGGUGGCUUGUUAGGAGAGACGGCUAG